AUGACAACCUACUCGACCGACAGUCAAGGAAAAUUCAUUCCGGCCACGCAGCGUCCGGACGGAACCUGGCGCAAACCACGCCGCGUCCGUGAUGGUUACGUACCGCAGGAGGAGGUACCGCUGUACGAAAGCAAAGGCAAACAGUUUGCCCAGAAACCUACCCUGCCGCCCGGUUUACCGCCGGAGGUGGUGCAAAAGGCAAAGGAAAAGCGCGAACGUGAACGGUUACGGCAGGUGCGAGAGGAACAACAGAGGAAGGAGCAGCAGAACAAAAAGCUGCAAAAUAGCUUACCUCCCGGGGUGUUAGCGGUCGACGGUGCGGUGGGCAACAGUGAGAAAGAGAAAGCCAACACGGCCAAGAACAUAAAUGCCGCUUUACGCUGCAAAAAGACACCGGAACUGCCCGACAUACUGCUGGAACAGCGACCGUCGGUCAAAACAAAGCAACCCCACCAGCAGCAGCAACACGCAAAAUCGUCACAACAAAAGCCCGCCGCCGCUUCCAACAGUGAUUCCGCCGUAGAGGAACUGGCAAGCGCCCUCGCUUCCGGUGCACAGCUAAAGCAACCAUCCUCGACAGCAACCGCUUCGGUUGAAGGAGCCGAAGGACAGCAGUUGGAGGUGGCGAAAAAGCUACGCAAGCUCCGGAAGAAGAUACGGGAAAUUGAAGCUAUCGAAACAAAGCUAAGAUCCACCGACGGGCCAAAGCUGGACAAGGAUCAGCUGGAGAAGGUGAAGCGGAAACCGGACAUACUGCAGGAGAUUGAAGAGCUUGAAGUGCAAUAUUCAGCCGGUGCCAUGUGA